AUGGAUACUAUUCCUGUUCUUCCAAAUCACUUAUUCAACUCAGAAUCGCUCCGAAAAUACUUAGACUAGUCUUUUAAUUUCUCAAAUUCUUUCCAAUAACAAUAAUAAUCUGAAUAUAUAAUUCGUUAAUUCUAACAUGGUUAAUCAAAUCCAACAUUUUACAUAAAAUAUUAAGAAAAAGAAUAUGUUCUUCGGAAAAAGCCACCUGGUGUUCUUUUAAAAGGAGCCCAUUUAAUAGAUCGUGAAUAUAAAAUAAUAAAGGCAUUAAAAAGUGUGGAUUUCCCAGUUCCAAAUCCCAUAUUAUAUUGCAGUGAUGAAACAAUAAUUGGUACUGAAUUUUAUUUGAUGGAAUAUGUCCAAGGAAGAAUAUUUAGAUCAGAUGAUUUUAGCUUAAAAAGCUUAAAUCCUUAAGAAAGAUAAUAAAUAUAUCUAGAAUUUUUAAGAGUAUUAAUAAAAUUGCACAAAAUAAAUCCCAAACAAAUUGAUUUAUAAGAUUUAUCAUAAAAUCCAUUAAACUUUAUCGAAAAACAAAUUAAAACUUGGAAAUAAUAAUACAAGCUUUCAGAAACUGAAAAAAUUACAGAAUUUGAAGUUGUAUCCAAUUUUCUUGAAGAAAAUUCAUAAAAGCAUAAUAUUCCUUUAGUCUCAAUUGUACAUGGCGAUUUCAGAAUCGAUAAUUGUAUCUUUCAUCCUACUUAACCUAAAAUCUUGGCUGUUUUAGAUUGGGAAUUGACUGCUUUAGGCAAUCCAGUUACUGAUUUGGCUUACAUAUGUAUGCCUUAUUACAUUUCGAUAACUUUAAUAGGAUUUGGUAAACAAGAUUUCACUUACACAGGAAUUCCUUACGAAAUUUAAAUAAAAUAAACAUAUUGUUAAAUUAUGAAUAUAGACUUAUUUCCAGACUCAUAAUGGUAUUUUUACCUAUGUUUAUCUUUUUUUAGACUUGCAUCAAUUUCGUAAGGAGUUUACAAGGUAAAAAUACGAAUAUUAUUCUAUUUAAAAAAAACAAGCUAAAAAUAAAUUAAAAAAAGAAGAUCUCUAUAAGGAAAUUCAAGUAGUUAAAAUGCCUAAAAUUUUUUAGCAAAAACAAAAUAUUUAUCAAAGAAAGCUUUAGAAAUGUCCCAACGUUCAACAGGCGAAUUGACGAAAAAGCUUAAUUAAUAUAAACAUGGAUCUUUAUUUUAGGACAGUUUUUCAUAAAAAUUUCAUGAUAUAUAUAUUAAAUUAAAUAUUUUUAUGAAUUAACAUGUAUAUCCUAAUGAAUAAAAAUUCUUUCAGUAAAUUAAAACAGGAGAGGAUAGAUGGAAAUAUGUUCCGUAAAUUCUUUUUGAACUUUAAAAAAAAGCUAAAGAAUAAAAUCUUUGGAAUCUCUUUUUACCAUCUAUUUCUGGUUUAACAUUAACUGAAUAUGCACCUUUAUGUGAAUUGAUGGGUAGAUCUUUUGUAGCUCCUAUGGUUUUUAAUUGUUCCGCCCCAGAUACCGGAAAUAUGGAAACCUUGCACCUUUAUGGAACACCUGAAUAAAAAAAAGAAUGGCUUGAACCCCUUUUAGAAGGUAAAAUCCGCUCUAUGUAUGGUAUGACAGAGCCAAAUGUUGCAUCUUCAGAUGCCACAAACAUAGAAACAACGAUAAUAAGAUGCGAAAAGGACCCUGAAAAUUAUUAUAUUAUAAAUGGCAGAAAGUGGUGGAGUUCAGGAGCUGGAGAUCCUCAUUGUAAAAUAGCAAUAAUAAUGGGUAAAACCCCUAACAAGAAAAGAGGAUAUCAUUAAUAGCAUACAAUGGUAUUAGUUCCUACGGAUACACCAGGAGUAAAAAUUUUAAGGCCUUUAAAUGUAUUUGGAAUUGAUGAUGCUCCUCAUGGACAUAUGGAAGUUGAUUUUUAUAAUGUAAGAGUUCCUGCUAAAAACAUACUUCUAGGAGAAGGAAGAGGCUUUGAAAUAUCUUAAGGAAGAUUAGGACCAGGAAGAAUUCAUCAUUGUAUGAGACUUAUAGGAUUAAUGGAAAGAUGCUUUGAAAACAUGUGUUAUAGAGUUGAAAGAAGGCAUAUUUUUGGAAAGCUUUUAAAAGAAAACGAUAAUGCUUUAUAGAUUAUAGGUGAGUGUAGAACUAAAAUAGAUUAAGCAAGAUUAUUAACACUAAAUGCAGCAAAAAUGAUAGAUAAAUUAGGGGCUAAAAAUGCAAGAGUAGAAAUAGCUAUGAUUAAAAUCGUUGCACCCAGAAUAGCUUGUGAAAUAAUUGAUUAAGCGAUUUAAAUUCAUGGAGAGCAAGGAGUUUCUUAAGAUACUCAUUUGGCAUAAGCCUAUAUAAAUGCAAGAUCUUUAAGACUUGCAGAUGGACCUGAUGAAGUUCAUUUAAUGACAGUUGCUAAGUUUGAACUUUAGAAAUAAAAUCCGAAAUUUUGA